AUGCCCUCCUGUGCUCGGACGACUCUGUGCUGCUGGACGGACUUGCUGUACGGCAAGGCAUGCUGCUUGUGGAACUGUGUCUUCGCACCGUGCGUGCUGACGUUCUGGAGCUGUGCCAUCUAUUGCUGCGGUUGUUUGAGAGUAUAUUCCAUCCGUUGCUGCGGGAGGUGGUCUGGGCUAUUCGCCGACCCCAGCUUCCCUGCCAAUGCUGCGACCUUGGGGGAUGUUGUGGAGGAGGUCGUGUGGCUUCGUGCCACGCGGCGCUUGUGCAAGAGGGCUAUUCAGCUCGUGGCGUCAGAGCUCGACCCGUGCCGGCUUUGCGAAGGCGCCCAAGGCGACGUGUGGCUGCUGGCCGCCAUCGCGAUCCUUGGUGAACACAGGGGUGCGUUGCAGCAGCUCUUUGACAGUACGGAGUUCAACCCGAGAGGCAGGUAUGUUGUCAAGCUCUUCGACGGGAUCGAGGGGCGAUGGCGCAGGAUCGUCGUUGAUGACCGGAUACCUUGCCAGAGGGCGUCAUACGAGAACAGCAAGCUUUUCAGGCCUAUCGGCCUCCAGACGCAGGAGCUCUUUCCUUUGCUCAUCGAGAAGGCCUUUGCCAAGCUAUGCGGCAGCUACAGUCGGCUCUGCGGAUGUUCAACAGCCUGGGCCUUGAGGGCUUUGACAGGGCAGACAACAAGGAUUUUCGUUCGCGGCAACGAUUCCUGGGACAGCCGGGAGAUGGAGGAUGAGCUGGACUCAACUGGCAAACGAAGCUUUUGCUUGCUGGAAGCAGAUUCCAAUGUCUCGGACGAUGUCUUCUUCGACGUCUUGCGCAGACACUGCUUACUGCAGAGUCUCGUCUGCGCGGCUGGUGCCAGCCCGGAGACGGGCCUGAAGUCUAAGCAUGCGUACAGCAUCCUUCGGCUCGAAAGAGUACCAGCUCUCACAAAGUCUGCUCACGACCGGCGCUUUGUGAAAAUCCGGGAUGCCUGGGAGAGCAACUGGCAGGGCGCUUGGAGCCGUCGCAGCGCGCGAUGGGCUGCCGAGCCCGAGGUGCGGCAAGUACUGGACUUCCACGCAGGGGACGCGAGCACCUUUUGGAUGUCCUGGGAUGAGUUCAUCCAAACAUGGCGCACUGUUGCUGUGGUGGAACGACCGAUGAGCAUCCGAGCUCUGCACUUCGAGGUCAUCGGCGACUCCUUCUGUGACCCAGCCGCCGCAUGCCUGCUCGGAUGCGCGUCGUUUUGGGCUGGCGAGGGCUGUCAAAGACUUUACAGCCCCGAUGCACGUGGCGUGCAUGGCGAGACCUACUCGCUUCAAGCCACGCCGUCUCUCACAUUGCUCGGCAAGGACAUCGACAAGGAAUGA